GGAGUAUAUAGCUGAAAUAUUCGGUGACUGGGCCCAGUCACCUCACGAAGUACACCCACAACCUUCACCUUCAACAUUGCAAAGGGACCUUCUUCGCAUAGCAUUAUUAUCAACCUUAGCAGUCACAACGAUUUUUCAAUCGAAAGAACAUCGGAACACGCUCUGAAUAAGCUUUGCACGUUGGCAACAUGGUCGGCCUGUAUGCGGAAUUGAAGCUGGCUCCUGAGGACCAAAUUAGGCUCGUGAACAUUCUUCCAAGAAACGAGUCAAGCGCUCUUGCCUGCGAGCUCCGGAUAGUUGAUCUUCGCGAAAGACCAGAAUAUGUCGCACUCUCAUACACUUGGGGCUCACCUACUCCACUUCCCGAUGAAGGAGCAGAAGCUUUGCUAAGCAAGCCAAGUGUUAUAUUACUUUGCAGGGCGAAGUGUGGCUUUGCAGAUCAACCUUAUCCGCUCUGGCAUCAGGUCUUAAUCACCGAGAAUCUCUACGCUUUCCUACUGAGAGCUCGCGACAACGAUUCGUUCGCCCAAAACUCAUACUGGAUAGACGCUAUUUGCAUUGACCAAGAGAACUCCGCAGAGCGAUGUCAUCAAGUACAGAUGAUGGGUAGAAUCUACCGAUCUGCCGGUAUUGUGCAUGCGUGGUUGGGCGAAGAAGACGAUGAUACCAGAAUCGCUUUUGAAUUGAUAAGAGCCUUGCUGGGUUUUUGUAGUAGAAUUACAGAGCGACGAGUAAGAAUCAAGGCACUGAUGGAUAUCACUCCAAAAUCUUUGGGGAGUGCGAGUCUGACCGCGAGACUCGGGCCCUGUGCAGAUGUCACCGCUUGGAUGGCAAUGGCCAACCUGUUUCAGCGCAGAUACUUUACUCGAGCAUGGAUCAUCCAGGAAAUCAUACUUGGCAGGAAAAUCAAAGCUCUUUGCGGAAGUCACAUCGUGAGCUGGGAAGCUAUUACGACGGUGUCAGAGUUUGUUUCCGUCACUCCUUGGAAAAGAUGGAUAUCCAACGUCACCAGUUCACCUCACGGAGGACACGAUGUUCCAAACCUUCUCGACGUCAAUAAAUUCUCCAACAGUCUACUUUACUCUCUCAUCAGGUUUCGCCGCUUCGCCUCCACAGAUCCCCGAGAUAAGGUCUAUUCGCUCCUUAGCAUUACAGGGGAGUCUACUUUGACGAAGAACCGCUUAGUUCCUGUCUAUGGCGAGAGAUCAGUAGCGGAGACAUAUACGCUGGCUGCCAUCCAGAUCCUAGAAGACUCUGAUGAUCUACUCCUACUUUGUUGUGCGGAAGGCGAUAGCUUCCGUACUAUACCCUCCCUGCCCACCUGGGUCCCUGAUUGGAGUUGCGCUCGAGCUUUGGGAUUAGCUAUCACUGGCUACAAGAGGUUUGCAGCUGCGGGUACUCUUGCCAGAGAUUUAUAUAUCAAUGAAGAAGAUCGCUGUUUAAUUAUUAAAGGAUUUCGACUUGACGAUAUCGUUUCUAGCAGCGAGACCAAAGAGGCCAUGCUCGGGGGGAGCCAGUUUUCCGGUUUGCUUCGGAUUCUUAAUGCGAUGACUCCCAUCUAUCAUACUAGGCAGUCUCGAUCAGAGGUGCUAUGGCGAACACUGGUUACGGAUACAGCGGGUGUUCCUCCUCGCUGUCCUGCUCCCAACAGCUACCGUUCUGCAUAUGUCUCGUGGAUCACUUCGAAACUAUCGGCUAGUGUCAAAGAUUCAGUACAGAACAUCAAAGAUCCGGCUUUCGUGAACACCAUGGCGGAUCUAGUACCAACGGAGAUCUCCGAUUCAUCACCAUAUUCAAAUGCGUCAUCGAUUCCGUACGACAGUGCUUCCUCAGAGACACAAAGUAGCUCUGUUGACUAUGACGAGUUUGAAACGAUAUUUUCGCAUGCUCUUCAUCUUCGGCUUUUUCUGACAGGUAGAGGCUAUCUUGGAGUGGGCUCCAUAUCUCUUCUUGAACAAGAUUCAAUAUGGGUCGUUCCUGGGUGCCGUGUGCCUUUGAUCCUCCGAGAGAUCAAUUCACAUACUUUCCAAGUUGUCGGGGGUGCCUAUGUGCACGGCUUUAUGCAAGGUGAAGCUCUAGAGUCUGGCCCUAUCUUCAGAAACGUCACUCUAGUGUAAUUAACGCGGAAAUUUGGUGGCUCUUAAGCUUUUACGUAGAUAUCGUGCGUAUGUUUUCCAUGAACUUUACAGUCGCAAGCCCGACGUCGUCUGCUGGACGUUACCUGAGUUCGCGGUGCCAGCACACAGUUGCGACGCGCACCAAGUGUCUGAGAACAACACAUAGUAGACUAUAGAUAUUCAACGAGAAAGGUUGCUCUCCACCUACGGCGCUGGUCGAGCAAGGUUUGGCAGUUCUUAGCGCGCACCCCAGGUCGCUCGAGCAGAGUCCUUAGCAUUAGCUUCUAACACAGCUCGGUUGUUUAGUAUACAUAUAUUUUCUCACCAAAACAAUCAUAUGCAAUAGCGUAAAACAGCC